AUGUCAGGUCGCGCCUACGAGGAACAACACACCUACGGUGGACAUAUCCGACGUCACUCAUCGGUAGUGAACGAGAAAGGCCCUUCUUCCUUAUCGCCUCGCCGCAAGCCAGUCAGAAGCCAAAGUACGCGCGCAAGCAAUGGCACAGUUAGCACCACCAUGAGUGUAUCGACAGGAAGAUUGUCUCAAGCAACAAACAUCACACAACCUCCAUCGUACUCCAAAAAGUUUGUCGUUGUCGGCGAUGGGGGCUGCGGCAAGACUUGCCUGCUAAUCAGCUAUUCCCAAGGCUACUUUCCCGAGAAAUACGUUCCUACAGUUUUUGAAAAUUAUAUCACCCAAACUACGCAUACCCCGUCGGGCAAGACUGUUGAGCUAGCCCUUUGGGAUACUGCAGGACAAGAAGAAUACGACAGACUUCGGCCGCUCUCGUAUCCGGAAACAGACCUUCUCUUUGUAUGUUUCGCCAUUGACUGUCCGGUCUCGCUCGAAAAUGUAAUGGACAAGUGGUACCCUGAAGUCCUCCAUUUCUGCCCCACCACCCCGCUCAUCUUAGUUGGCCUCAAAUCCGAUUUACGGACGAAGCGCACUUGCAUCGAACUUCUCAAGAGUCAAGGAUUAACGCCAGUCACGCCUGAACAGGGCCAAGCUGUGGCUCAACGGAUGGGCGCCUUUUAUGUGGAAUGCAGCAGCAAGGAGAUGAGAGGUGUCGAUGAGGUGUUUGAGCUUGCAGUCAACACAGCGGUGGGUAUACAAGAAAGCAGCUGGAAUUCCCACGGAGGUGGCCAUCAAGGUGGUGGAGGCAAGAAGAUCAAGAAGCGAUCUUGCAAGAUUCUUUGA